AUGGUGUCUAAGACAACACUAUUUUUAAGUAAUCUACCACAAAGGCCCAAAAACAAACAAAACUAUAUUAAAGCAUUAUUAAAAUGUUUUAACCCCAAUAACGAAUACUGUGAUUAUAUGAAUAGCCUACCAGACCUACGAUUUGGCUCAAGGAAAGAUAUUCCAUUACUCGAUAAGUCUCUAGGUAUCAUCUCUAUCUCACGUCCUCAAUCGUAUAGAUUUCAGAAUAAAUGUUAUAUCACUUUUGAUAACGAAGAUUCGGUAAUAAAAUUCAUAAAAAGAUUUCAAAAUAUGAAAUUUAUGGGUAGAUGUAUAAAGAUCCAAUAUUCUAAGAAACGAUCAUAUAUGGAAGUAUAUAAAGAUAAUCCAAAAUUACUAAACAAGAUAGUAAAGAUUCAGAAAUCAAAGAAAUUGAAGAAAACUAAUGACCCAUUGAAUUUGAAGAGAAAAUUACGGAGACUUCGGAGCAAAUUAAGGUCCAAAAAGAAUUUAACUCAAGAACAGAUAGAUAAAAUAAGUGAAGAACACAAGAUUAAAUUAAUUAAAUCAAGUGCUGUCUCCAAGCAAAAUAGCAAUAAAACUUCCAAAUCGAAGAAAAAACAAAGCUUCACAGAACUAACAAGACAAAUCAAUAAACCCGAGGUCUCAUUAAAUAAAAUACAAAAUAAAGUUAAUGUAUCUGAAAAUCCUCCAAAUAAGAUUCUUUUAAUUCAAGAUAUUCCAACAAGUAUAGAGGAGAACCAACUAAUAGAUAUUUUCCAAUGUGAUGGCUUUAUUGAAGUUAGAAUGGUUCCUGCUCGUCAUUUGGCCUUUGUCGAAUAUGAUUCUAUUGAAAGUGCCAAACAUGUUUUAAAAAAAGUUGGAAAUACAUACUACAUAAAUGGUGAAAAGAAACAACAAAUAUUGGUAGGUUAUGCCAAAUAA